AUGUAUAAACGAAUAACUAGUUCAUAUUCAAAAGUAUUGCCAAACUCUUUUUUCAUCUUAUUCCCAUUGUAUCUAGGGGUAGAACUGAUCUUAGGGAUAUGCAUCUUGAACAAGUGUUCAGGUUUUUAUGGGAUUCUAGCUUUAUUCACAGGGCAUCCACUUUCUAUCGUACAAUGGUUGACUUAUAUCUGGUCCAUCUUCACUCUAUUGAUCUACACACAAGGUAUGUUCCAUAUUAAAAAACCAAACGUGUAUCUUUUUUCGCAAAUAUUUACUAUUUUUUCCCUAGAUACAAUCUUCACAUUAUUCUUAACUUUAUACUUCGCUUUAGAUUGGUUCAGUUCAGAUCAUUCCAAUAAACAAUCCGAAAAUUCCCUUCAAAGAACUGAAAAGGACAUAGAAUUAUCUCAAAAGCAAGGUGCCUCUUCCACUUAUGAAUUAUUUUUAAUAGUCAUUGUAACUCUAUUCACACUUAUCUCAAGAUGCUAUUACAAUCUAGUACUAGCUUCCUUCUUACACAAAUUAUUCAUAAAUCCAAAAUUUAUCAUUGAUCAAGAUGAUGUAGAAACAGAUUUGAAAAAUAAAUCAUUCUUUAAAAAAUUUGGUGGUAUUUCCAAAAAAUUGUUUUCUCAUUUCUUCUAA